AUGGCCUGGACCGAAACUGAUGUGAGAAAGGAGAGGGAUGAUGAAUUUGCUGCUACUGAAAACGAUAGCUUGAAGGCUUUGAGAUCUUCUGAUGGCGGUGCACUUGCAGUUCAAGUACCUGUGCAGAAGAGUUUGGAAGUGAACGAUGUACUAUCUUAUGCCAACAUCCUCCGGACUCGGAAUAAGUUUGUGGAUGCUCUCGUGUUGUAUGAGACUGUUAUUGCCAAGGACAACGGAAAUGUUGAAGCCUACAUAGGGAAGGGAAUCUGUCUUCAAAUGCAGAACUCAUCGCGUCAAGCCUUCGAGUGUUUCACGGAAGCUGUUAAGUUGGACCCAGAAAAUGCAUGCGCUCUCACUCAUCUUGGCGUUUUGUACAAGGAUGAAGGACACCUUGGAGAGGCUGCCGAGGUACCUCCAUCUAGUAUGAAACACCCCGCAUGGCAUACAUCAUGCACGAACGAAUAUCCCCAAAUUGAAAGCUACAUAGGAAUCUUCCCUUGUUGGAGUUGUGCUGUUUUUUUUUUUUUUGAGAAAAUUAUUGAGAUAGACGUCACUCUUUCUCACUGCACUUAAUUUUGUCUUUUGUUUUGACUUUGAGUUCAGGCUUGUUUCUUUUACCUUUUAAUUCGUGUAGAGAACAAUCAGCAUGGUUUUUCGUGCAUCUUUGAGUGAAGGUAUAGCUUUGUGAACAUGAACGAAAGGUUGACGAUUAAAAUGGACGAGAAAACAAGGGAAAAAUGGUUUUAAUGGAGUUGGACAAUGGUUCUGCGUAUCAAUGAUCGGUGCACUAUUGGGUGUAGGCUUUAGCAUUGUUUUGAAGCACCAAAAUCAAUGACUGAUUGCUCAUACAUAAAGGAGUAGUGUCUUUAUAAGAUGACUAUGUAAAUAAUAGUUAAAAAGAGGUCAGAAAUCCGGUGAAAGCCACUUAUGGUGCCUUUGACCUGACGAAGAGGAGACACAUUAUUAUUUCCUUCAAGAUAGAACCUAAUUGUCAGGGUGUUUCGGAACAUGAGAGAGAGAAAAAAAUAAGAUCGAUAGAGGCAAUAAAAAUAAGUUUGGAAUCAGUUAUGUCGAUGAAAAAUCUUGUAUACGAUUUGGAAUUGUGCAGUACUGUGAAGUUGAAUUGGCAGAAUAAAACCCAUGCACCAACGCCAGUUAUUUAGAGUUUGGGAGGACAAUUUUUUUCCGUGGAAUUGGUGAAAACUUAUUCUGCGAUGUAUGAAUCUUUUAUGGUGAGCUUUAUAACGAAAAACACUUUCAAAAAGAUAUCAUACACCUAAUCCUGUGGUGAGAAUGAUGACGUAUUUGAUGUGGUGAACUUAUCUACUUUCAUAAGGUCCAUAUAUUACUUGCUGGCUGUUAUUUUCUGUCGUUUUUUUCCUUUGCAUAAAUACAUGGCAUGGUUUUGAUCAUAGCCUAGCUGGUCUGUUCGUUAAUUAAUAUCCCGACAUGUGGAUUUGUUUUCCUGUUUAAUUUGUAUCAACCUUGCUGCUUUUUGUGAAGGUAGAUGGUAUUAGGUGUUAGACGAAGAAGUCAUUGAUUAUAUGAGGAAACAGUUAGUAGGAAUCUGACCUGGUAUAUUUGAUUUAUCUAACCACAGGUUUCAUAAUACAUGGAGGUUUUUGAGGACGGAAUUUGUUAAAUAGAGGUAGAAAUGUAUGCUUGUUAAUCUGUAAACGGUUAUUGUUACAAAUUGAUAAAAUGGGUGGAACUACAGAGCAUGCCUUUCAUUUUCUACAGCUGUUCUGCCUAUAUUUAAAGAUAGGGCAAGAUUUGUAGAAGGAGAGAAACGUAAAAUAGGGCAAGAUUUGUAGGGAAUGUAUUAUCCUUUCUGAACUCUGAUCACCUCACUGGGGAUCCUGGAUCUAGAGUUUAUGGACGAGCUCUCUCCAGCUAUGCUGUUGAAUAAAGAAAUAUCAUAAAGAGAUCAUGUGCUAGGUAGGUAUUGUUGGGGGAUGGAUGAAAAUUAACCUCUAUAUAUUUGGUCCACUCAUGGAAGCCAGACUUUUUUUUUAGUUGCACUAGUGUAACGUGGUCCUCGAGAUUAGUGCUGGAACUCGAGACAAACAAUAUGAUUCUUGCUCCUUCAUUAGAUACAAAUUAGCUGCCAGGGGUGGGGACAUGGUUGGCUAUGAUCACAUUUUGGGGCAGUAAAAUGGACUGAGAUUGGAGCUGGGAAAUUAAUUUAAGAUUGAUGUGGAUAAUAUGAGCGAUUGCCAAACAAUGAACGGUCAAGCAUGGAGAACGCCAAUGCACUUAUGAUAGCUUGGAAUCCUAGAAGAUCUGUGAGAGAGAGCAGGAGCAGGAUGGGAACAUUCUUGUCCACUGAAGUCAGGAAUAUCUUCCGCUAGAGGCUUAGAAGCGUCUUCAGCUGGUAAUGACCAGGAGUGAAGAAAGGCUAGGUGAGAGAAAAAUCUGGGAUAAUUGGUGGUGGAGGUGAAGGAUCGUGACCAAAGAGGAGGAAAGAUCCUGGGACAAGGAUGUAAAUAAGGGGGAUCCUCGCCAAUGGUGACUUGAUGGAGACAUGAAGAUGGUGAACUACUGGACUAUGGCAGCGACUCUCAUGAUACAUUGGGCAAUAUUCGAGGAAAAUGCAUUUAGCUGCUUUAGGAGAGAAGCGCAUGGGGUGGAAGGUGAAUAAAGGAGGAAGAACUGAAGAUGUGUCUAUGAGGACAGUUGUGAGGAGAAGCGUGAAGCUGCUUAUGAGGGGAGCACCCAAUAAAAACAAAGGUGUGCAUGAUAUUGGUGAGAUGAAUAGAAGUGAUGGCAUGCUCUGCCUUAAAUGCACAAAUAACAGAGGUUGAAAUGAGGAAAACCUAUGCAAGGCAGCUGUUGAAGGUGGUGAUAGCAAGUUCCUUUCCACAGUAGAAAUGUUACAUGAGGGAAGCACGAAGGAAUAGGGCCACUCCUCAUGCUGGCCUUAAGCAAAGGUGAUUCCGCAACUUGUUGAAAUAAUCCGAGUUGGCAGAUGAGAAGUGAAGAGGCAGCUCUGAUACAGUGAUACUGGUGGAUAUCAUUAGAAGGAUUGGAAAUGAUACCUGUAAAAAUAUAGGAGUAUAAAGACCUGAAAAAUGACAAAAAAGGUAAAAAACAAUAUGAGAUGGGGAAUAAUGUGCUGGAAAUAUGCUAUUCUUUCUUAGCAGUUGUAAUCAGUUGCACAAAUUUCAACAACAAGAGCAGCAACAAUGAUAGUGAUCUGCAGAACAUGAGUAUGUUUUGUGGGUUAUCAGCACGGCGUCCUAUCCUUAUUGUGAUUUCCAGUAUUUUCCAUAGGCCUAGUGCUAGAUAGUUCACAUGGGAGGGGAAUUCUUAUUCAGUGAGAGGUUGACUUUUUGGGUUUUCUUCUCAACAUGCUUUUGGUGAUGAAGUUGCACGUGGUCCUGCAUAUGUUUACUUCUUUUCAACACAAAUAUUGAUGUUCAGUUUUGCCUUUCUCACGUAUUACCUGUCUUCAACUAUCUACGGCCAAUUCUGAGUUCUUUUUGAAUUAAUGUGGUGCAGUCGUACCAGAAGGCUCUGAAGGCAGAUCCCUCCUAUAAGCCUGCUGCUGAAUCCCUGGCAGUUGUGUUGACAGAUAUUGGGACAAGCCUAAAACUCGCUGGUAACACCCAGGAAGGAAUCCAGAAAUACUUGGAAGCUUUGAAGAUAGAUAGUCAUUAUGCUGUAAUUCUCGGUUGUAAUCAUGUUCUGAUGGAGUUUUUUACUUGUUCAUUACAAUUUCUAAAACUUUAUCAUUCUUGUUAAUGCAGCCGGCAUAUUACAAUCUUGGGGUUGUCUAUUCUGAGAUGAUGCAAUAUGAUAUGGCCCUUAGCUGCUACGAGAAGGCAGCUAUAGAGAGGCCAAUGUAUGCUGAAGCAUACUGCAACAUGGGUGUCAUUUACAAAAAUCGUGGGGAGUUGGAAGUGGCCAUUGCUUGUUAUGAGAGGUUCCAUGUUGUAUAUUUACCUGUCAUAUUUUCAUUGAAUGCAACUUCUAAAUUCUGCAUCUACAGAUACCAAUUACUACUGAACUUUGAAAUUUGACAGAUGUCUGGCUAUAUCACCCAACUUUGAAAUUGCCAAGAAUAAUAUGGCAAUAGCUUUGACGGACUUAGGAACAAAGGUACAUUGCUUCUCUUUUGAUUUUGUUUGCGUCAUUUUUUCAUCCGAAAAGUGCGUAUUAUCCAUUAUCUACGUCCUUGCAAGGGUUUAAGAGUGGGGAAGAUUAUGCCCAUCGAUUUCCUUUUUUUUGGCAAGUGAUACCAGGAUUAAAUAAUGACUUCUGAUUCUUGUCUCUCUCCCAUAAGUGAAUGCACUGGUGUUGUGUUUUCCACUUUUUUUUUUCUUUGGGGGAGGGGGGGGGUAUCGAAGGAAAACUCUUCUUCUUAGUGGAAUUAAUUUGUAAUUAGUAGCCAUUUGGCAAUCACUUGUCUUUGUGAAUAAUCUAUGCAGGUCAAAUUGGAGGGAGAUAUCAAUCAAGGGAUUGUGUACUAUAAGAAAGCUUUGUAUUACAACUGGCGCUAUGCCGAUGCUAUGUAUAAUCUUGGUGUUGCCUAUGGGGAGAUGCUGAAGUUUGACAUGGUAUGUAUAGUGAGUGCUAAGGCGUAAUGGAUUUUGUCUGUCCCCCCCGCCUCUGAAAGCGUCAAAAUAGUUCGCUAUUUUCUGGGAAGUAGUCUUUUUGAGCUUUCUGAUGAUCUACUUUCAAAAUAAUUCGAAAUUUGUGAUUUUUUUUUUAAGGCUAUUGUGUUUUAUGAGCUUGCUCUACACUUCAAUCCUCAUUGCGCGGAAGCCUGUAACAAUUUAGGAGUGAUAUACAAGGAUAGGGAUAACCUUGACAAAGCUGUUGAGUGCUAUCAGGUGUGUUUCUAUUACAUCAGUGUCAACAUGCCUGUGGUUCAAUUUUUUUCUUGUUAGAUUUCUUCUUUUUAAUGACCACCAUUCUGUUGAUGUGCUUUUUCAAAAUGCACGCGUUUAGAUGGCUCUGUCUAUCAAGCCGAACUUUUCUCAGUCUCUUAAUAAUCUUGGCGUUGUGUACACUGUUCAGGUAUACCCACCCCGACCUACCCCCCGAGAGCCCCUCAUUACCUCGUGUGUAAUUUUAUGCCUUUGUCUGAGCUUGAAUUCGUCUAUGUAUUUAUCUGCCAGGGAAAAAUGGACGCAGCAGCAUGCAUGAUUGAGAAGGCAAUUCUCGCAAAUCCUACAUAUGCCGAGGCUUAUAAUAACUUAGGUAACAGUUGUCUUGUCUGGUUCUCUCCUAAGCAUUAUUUUUCCGAGUAUUUCCCCUAUACUUUCUCUCAAGUUUCAUACAUAGAUCCUAUUUUUGGAUAAGAUUUAAGCAAUUGAAAGUUUCCUUACCCUUGGAUGUCAGUGUAUUUUUUUUCCCUUCAUUGUUACUUGCUUUUGUCACUACUGUAUUUCAUUGUUUCACUAUAAAUUUAUUCUGUGCUUUAAAAGUUGAUUUGAUAUAUCCUUAUGAACAUCGUUUUCCAUUCUGCAAAUUGGACAGUUUAUACCAGCUAAGUGAAAACAACUUCGUCAGUGACAAGCCAGAGUUCCUUCUGGAUAGUCUUUUACCUGCACUCUUCUUUUUGUAGGGAUAAAGUCUAGCAUGUUCUCAGCAUCUACAUUCAUUUUACCAGCAUGUGUGAGCAUUUUGGUCGUUUAUCAAAAUGCCGAAAUCGAGGUUUUUAAGGCUUCUCUGGUGAAUGUCUCCGUAAAGAAGCGUGUCAUCACGACAUGAUCUUCAUCAGUGUGCAUUGCUUCAUUGUGGGGCCAGUGGUUGACACACUUUCUCAAGCACUGUCAUAAGCAAUGUCUCCAGUUGCUUCCUCAUCCUACUCACAUUGUCCUCAUUUGGGGGAGUUGUGCAUUUAGGGACACUGGCCCUGUGUAAAUGUGGUUCAGACAAAAGUCUGCCUUAGUGUCUGUAUUUUUUGGCGCUGAGGAGGUCACUGGUAGUAUGGUUAUGACAUAAGUCUAAUGACUGUCUGAUAAUUUAUUCAGGAUGUUUAUGCAUUCUAACCUACAGCUGCAAUGUAAUUGCCAGGCCUGGAUCUCUUGGGUACGACUUUGGAGUUAGUCGCCCUUUCCACCUUGUAUUAAGAUGAAUAUAUUUCUGACCAGAGGCGAUGUGUUAUAAUUCUGUAUGAAAUGCCACAUCUUCAUAAUACAACUUUCAUGAUAAAUUGCACAUAACGUGAUCUUGUUUGUAAUCUUUUAUGGUUUAAGAUGUAGCUAUACCUGGUUUUAUCUUAGUUCAUUUGGGUCCUCUUCACGCUUUCGAAGCACCUGCUACUUUACAUGCUCAACUGCAUUUGAUGUGCCUAGCAUACCGAAUUUAUGUGCAUAACAUAUCUAAAUUAGUUUAAUGUGCGCAUGCUUGGUGAAUGUGGCAUCCUCGAGUUGUCCCAAUUACAAUAAAUGGGAGGACUAAGUAACCGCAGUAUUAUCGUUAUAUUUUGAAGUUGUGUCGGUAAUGGCUUCAUAUUAGUCUUCAUAUCUGUGCCGUUUUACUUGAGCUAUGCGGAUAUUGAUUGUGCUUCUUGUGAUGACUGUGCCACUGAAAUUCUUUCGAAACACAGAAUGUCUGUGAUGUGAGUAAUGAAUCGUGCAGUCUCAUGUCACUAUUGCUAUCCAUACUUGCUGUCUCCCUACAACUUUCUCUACAAUAGUCAAAGUGAAGAUGUAUAAAUAAAAGAAAAAAUAGUAAUAUUUUGCUCGUAAGAUUGAGUCUCGAUCUUUUGUGUUCAAAUUGUUUUUACGAGAGCAUUUACCCAUUCCUACUUUUUACCCUAUGCUAACUCUCGUGUUUCUGGACAUUCAGGAGUUUUGUAUAGAGAUGCAGGGAAUAUUACUCUGGCUAUUGAGGCAUAUGAGAGGUGCCUUCAGAUAGAUCCUGAUUCUCGUAAUGCUGGUCAGGUAUUGUUGUAGUAUUGUUUCCUUCCUAUCAUUUUUACGUUGCCCACAAUCAACGAAUAUUGACCACAUUGAUUAUUCUGCUAAUUCUAUAGAUACGUUACUGGCUUGAACAGGCAUAAUUUGCUUCAUAACUACCUAAUUAUUUAUGUUCCGUUAGUUUUUUGUUUGGCUUUUCUUUUCAAUGAAGAUUUUAGAAGUACAAUAAAUUUGUUUACAAAAUGGUUAUUAUAGUUGAGACUAAACAUUUCAAAUUGUUUAUGACAAACCGAUUUUUAUAAUGUUUGUAAUAUUUAUCUAUUGAGUAAGGACACUACAUGGAAUUUAAUGAAUAUUAUAGAAGAUAGAUCAUGAAAGCAAAUGUUAUGAAACUAAUAUAUCCAUUGUAGAAUGUAAAUCCUUUAUAAUAUGCCGUUGAAGUGACUGUGGAUGCUUUUGUCCGGUUGUUGGAUUCUUUAGCUUCUUUAUGAAGGUGGAUAUUGUGAAUGAGAUUGCCAAGUUAUUUUGCACAUACAACUUUUAGUUAUCACAUCCAAGUCAGAAAACUUUUCCAUCGGAAUUUCAUCGCUGCAGCAGGAAGACUGUUGUAUCUUAAAACAGAGGCAAAUAGGUUUAUUUACUAAACUUCCGUCUGUCUUUAUCUAUCAGUUCGUUGAACUUAAACAAGCAUGUCGAAGCUUACACGUGCUAUACUUCCUCCCUUUAUAGUCGAUAUGGAGAUGAAGCGAAUUGGUAUCAAGAUAAUUCAUUUUCAAAUGCACCUGUGGAUGCAUCGUGAAUUCGAAUGACGUUAAAUUUAAAUCAGGCAUGCAGUUAGAGCUGGUUUAGCAUGUUCCCAUUUUGAUCAAUAAUGUGUUCGGUAUCCACGUCCAUUCCAUCCCAACUAUAAGGGGAAAAAGGGAAAAAUGUAAAGAAAGGGACCCCCGGGGUGACUUAUGAUGGGUUGAAGAGUACUCAGGGAAUAAAUAAAUUAGAGUUGUAAAUUACACUCGAACUGUUUUCUGUAUAAGAACGGUAAGGGGUCACAAUGAAUAUUUUUAAAUCUUUGGAUUUCUCGGUCAGCCUUAAUAUCAGGGAAUUGGAUGAGAAUUAUCUCCGGCUGAGUCAAUGUUGGUUAAUUUUUAUGAACAAGGCUUCAUCUUAACUCAGUUUUGGUUACUUCUUUAUGUCAUAUGUACGAGGUAUUUUGCUGUUUGUUGACAUGAAAUAUUGUUCUUUUAUUAUAAAAUUGAUGGAACUGACUAUUACCGAGCAAUCUACUUUCUUGUGGCAUUCUGAAAGACAUUUUGGCUUGAAUGUCAGGUUUCUUCUCUGUGCAUGUAUCUUUUACAUUUUUGUUAAUGGACUUCGGUUUCCCCAUGACUUUGCAGAAUCGUUUGCUAGCAAUGAACUAUAUAAAUGAGGGUGAAGAUGAUACGCUUUACGAGGCCCACAAGUAAGAGUAGCCCUUAAAUCGCCUGUUUUGAUAGUUAUUUUGAAUGGAAUGUGCGUCAUGACGAUGAGUUUUUUCCUGGCGGUUUUGGCUUGCUAUCAAAAGGUCGCAUAACCAGGCAUGGAAUUCUCCACGUAUGAAUCCCAAAAAAAAAUCAGUAUAAAUGGGAUCUCAUAAUGGGACUAGAAUAAGAUCAUGUAGGACUGAAUAAGAUUUUUGUACGUCUACUGCUUGAACACCCUUGGUCCUGGUCUGUUAGAGGUGUACGAUGGGAAUAUCCUAAAUAGCUUUAACAGUCAUUUGAAGAUAAAUACAGUGAUUUUUUUGUGGGGACAUUUUACUGUACGUUGGGGGGAUGAUGGGAGAUUCUACUGCGAGGCAAACAAGGCCAUAGUACUGAAGGGCACACCAUUCAUUUUAGAAAUUGUUGAGGAUAUGGCUACACUCUCGUGGGAAGCCUAUUCCAACGGCUUCGGGUUCUUAAUCUAGGAGAGGAGAAAUCAUGUGAGAAGAAGAGAAGGCAUGAAAAGGUCCAAAUGCCCACUGCUGUUCCCUGCAACAAAAAAAACUAGAUGUAGAGGAAAGGAUGAAAGAGGCAGAGGAAGAGGUGGGCCAGCUGCUUCCUUUUAACUCUUAGCCUGUGGUUGCCUCAUCACCUUCUUCUGCAAAGUUCCUUUUUUCCACUUCCUAUUGAUCCCCAAUCUUUUCCCUUUUAUGGCUUUACCCCCUAACUUUGUCUUUUCUUACCCUUUUAUGUUGUCUACCUCCUUGUUCAUGCACUCUUCUUUUUUCCUCUUUUUAUUCAAUCUUCUUAUAUUUUCUUUCACAAAUUAUCCCUUCUACCCUGAAACCAGCUCCAUAAUUCCACUGUGGGUUUGCCCAGAUUAUCAUUCACCAGCAUACCAGAACCUUAGUUGAUUCGACACCAGCAUACCAGUCUUUUCAGAAUAUUAAUAAAUAUUCUUAGUUUCUCUAUAGGCCCUUAAGAUCUGCUUCGCAUACAGCAAAUAUGGUUUACAUUGUCUUUUCAAAAUUAGUUAUUUUGUAGUCACAGAUCUUUACCCGUAAUGUUGUUUUACCAUUCAUGUUUUGCAUGUUGCUUAUGCCGCUUAUAGAUUGAUUUAAGUGUAUAGAGUUCGAAGUUAGCUUUCCAUUGAUGUCUGAUUGUCACAUGGCUGAUUAAAACGCUUAUAACAGUUGUUAAGUUACCAUCUGCUGAAAUUUUAUGUUGUUUUCAGGGAAUGGGGUAAACGUUUUAUGAAGUUAUAUCCACAGUAUACAAGCUGGGAUAAUAAAAAAGAAAUCGAUCGUCCACUUGUUAUUGGAUAUGUGUCACCAGAUUAUUUUACUCACUCAGUGUCAUAUUUCAUAGAGGCGCCUCUUGUUUACCAUGAUUAUGCAAAUUACAAAGUUGUUGUUUACUCAGCUGUUGUGAAGGUACAUUACCUAGUUUCCGUUUUCCUUUUUUUGUUUGCUUACAUUUUUUCUGUACUUAAUAGCUCUUUGUUCGAUAAUUGAUACGUACAAUAUAUUUUUUUCUUUCUAUCUAGUCUUGUGAGGCUCACUCAUAACAGCUGUUCUUUCUCCAUUUGUAUUUCAUUCUAAAAUAUAAUGUAACCUUUACAAUGCUUGUUUUCUUGUUUUAUAUUUCUAUGAUGUAACUUUUACAUAAAUAAUUUUUCCUAUAAGAGCUGAUAUGGAAAUUCAUAAUCUUUCCUUAUAUUUUUCUACUCACUGCCAAUUUGCUUUUCUAGGCUGAUGCCAAAACCUUGAAAUUCAGAGAUAGGGUCCUGAAAAAAGGAGGAACCUGGAGAGAUAUAUAUGGGAUUGAUGAGAAGAAGGUUGCUGAGAUGGUUAGAGAGGAUGAAAUCGACAUACUUGUGGAACUUACCGGACACACCGCCAACAAUAAGUUGGGAAUGAUGGCUUGCAGACCAGCCCCCAUUCAGGUACUUUUGGACGAGAUUGUGUGUUUUUUAUUAUCUGGUGAGGUAUAAUUCAUUGUGGAUUUAAAUUUUCUCUAUCCUUGAUAAUCUGUUUGGAAAGGUCUAAGACUUUUGAGAAAAUAUUUGUCUAACUAGAUUAUUUUUUUUCAGUUUUCAUCAGGUUUUUUGAUCUAUAGAUGCGACUUUCAUAUCUCCUUUGUGUAUUUCAAAACUGCAUUGAUUGUGCCAUUCUGCAUUCUAUUUUUUGCUUUUCCGAUCUUUAUGAAUUUGGACAGUAGCCCACUCUUUUGUUUGUUUGAGAGUUGCUUGUUGGAUUAUGCGGAUUUGCAAAUGAUGGUACUUAACAGUUAACUUUUUCUUGGAAGAAGGUUGCAAAGGACAAAAUGAUAUUUGUUAGUUAAGGUAAAGCCGAAUGGGUCACAGUUUUGUAUACUGUGAGGAUGUCAAGUUUGAGCUGGCAGGUUGGGAGUAUAGACUGCGAUAGGGUUUACUGUUUUUGUGAUUACAUGUUGCAUCUUCAAAAAUAUCGAGUGAGAAUUGUAAUGCCACGAGAUAAAACGGUGUAACCCAUAUACCAUUUCACAGGUUCGUUUGUUGAGUUUAUCUUUCGGGAAUGUAUCUUCUUUGGCUAACUGUUCUUAAUUUGAAUUUUCAUGAGAUUCGAAAUUCUAUGUAUCGAGUGAAUAAGGACUCUCUAAAGUAGAGUCGCGUCUGAUGAGCACAUGAGAGCAGCUGAUGAAUGAUGAUGUCAGAAAUAUGUAGGGGAAGUUUGAUUCACUAAGCCGUAGUCCCCUCCCCCCUUCAAAUUACCUGAUAUAGGCCCAAGGGGCCCAUGCCCGGUCUUCUAAAUUAGCAACUGCACAUUAACAUGAUUGGCCUAUUGGAUGCGUAUUCUAUGAGGUUUUCUGACAGAUGCAUUAGGAUGGAUUUUUCAUGUCUGUAGUAACAUGGUACUGGUGAAUUUUUGCAUAAGAUAAGAUUAUUUGAUGGGUCUAACCUUUUUAUUUUUCUGAAUCUGAUUUACCGGGUUUAAAUGGUGCCUGUUUUUAAAUAUCUAGCACAAUAGAGACAUAAAAAAUAACUUCCUUUUCUCUAAUGCUUUUGAAGAUUGUUUCUUCCUUGCACCCGUUUAUAUAGAAAAAUGGUAUGUUGUGUGAUGUGUCGAACCAAUUGAUUGUGUGGUAUGCAUAAAAUUGGGUGUAAUUGGUUUUUCUCUGUGAGGUAUGUUUGUGGUUUGUUAUUCGGCAUGAAUGUCGAUCUUCUAUGAUUCAGAUUACAAUUUCUUUGUUGCCGCAAAGAUGAUCCUUUGAAUAUUUAUAAUAUAUACUUAUUGAAUGAUAAAUAGUUAUCUUUCUAUCAUACUCUCUGCUCAUCAUAAUUUCCAUUGAAUUUAUCAGUUUAAUACAAUUUGUUGAAGUCUAAUUUGUGCAUCGAUUGAGUAGGCAACCUGGAUUGGAUACCCGAACACAACUGGUUUGCCAAGUAUAGAUUACAGAUUUACAGACUCGCUGGCCGAUCCUCCCGACACAAAGCAAAAGUGGGCUGAGUUCUUUGUUAUUUUCUUCAGUUGCUGGGGGAAGGGGUGUGUCUGUUCCAACUAGUUCCUCUGUUGCGUGUAUCUUUUUGCAGGCAUGUUGAAGAGUUGGUUCGCCUUCCCGAAUGCUUCCUGUGCUAUUCACCUUCCCCUGAAGCUGGUCCAGUUUCAGCGACGCCCGCCAUUGCAAACGGUUUCGUUACCUUUGGUAGUUUUAACAAUCUAGCAAAGGUACAGGGUGACACUUUCACUUGUUCCCCGACUUCACGCCGGGUAAGCUUGGCUCUGAACAUUUGGUUGCAAUGGCAGAUAACGCCCAAGGUACUGCGUGUCUGGGCUAGGAUAUUAGAUGCGGUUCCGAAUUCCCGGCUCAUGGUCAAGUGUAAGCCCUUCUGUUGCGAUAGUGUGAGGCAGAGGUUUCUCUCAACGCUCGAGAAGCUGGGACUGGAGCCCCUGCGCGUGGAUCUUCUGCCUUUGAUUCUCCUCAACCACGACCACAUGCAGGCGUAUUCGCUCAUGGAUAUCAGGUAAGAAGUCUGACCUUUCAUGAACAGAUAAUCUCACCGUACCUGUUCUGCUUGGGUCUCUCUCUCUCUCUCUCUCUCUCUCUCUCUCUCUCUCUCUCUUUCUUUCUUUUAAAGUGCCACCGUUCUUUUCCAAUAUAUCCCUCAGGAUGAUCUCCCUCCAUCGCCCAUCUCAUCUCAGUCACAGCCCAUUCGUUUAUAUACUCUCUCUCUCUCUCUCUCUCUCUCGCUUUGGACCCUGUUCUGGUUAAAUGAUGACCACUCAGUCUGUUCUGUAAAGGGGAGAUCUUGUGUAAGUCUGUGGAAUGAAACCUCUGGAUUCCGUGAUGUGUCCGUCUUCCCCGUAAAUGGUGAUGGAUGGGGGUUCUAUUGAUGGAGCAGAGGGGAGGGGGGAUGAACGGGUUCUAUUGAUUUCUUCAAAGGGUGAUAGAUUUCAUUGACCAUUAUUUAUUGCUCAAUCUGCGUAUGCAAUCUACUGUGCCCAGAACUUCUGCCAUGCCUUGUAUGAGGUGCAUGCAUGCAUGCAUCAUAUAAUGUGACAUCGACUGAUCUGGGCUCUGUCUCUCUCUCUCUUGCUCGUUCUUGCAGCCUGGACACAUUUCCGUAUGCGGGAACGACCACCACAUGUGAAUCGCUCUACAUGGGAGUCCCCUGCGUGACCAUGGCGGGCUCAGUGCACGCACACAAUGUAGGGGUCAGCCUCCUCACCAAAAUCGGUGAGUUUCUCUCUCAUUAUUCCUCUUAACGACGGCGACGAUCCCCGAGCACGAGGAUGAUUCACCGAGACUGAUUUUCUGUACCCCCAGCUCGUUUCUUCUACCCUUUGACUUUUUCUUCAACGGAGAUCAUGUCCCCACUCCUGCAUCUGUGUAUGAAACCUCUGGUUUUCAGGGUUGGAGAAGUUGGUGGCCAAGACGGAGGAUGAGUACGUCCAGAUCGCCGUCCGGACGGCAUCAGACGUCGCGUCCCUCUCCGAACUGCGGAUGGGUCUCCGGGAGCUCAUGCUUAAGUCCCCAGUCUGCGACGGGGCCAAGUUCACCUCCGGCCUGGAGGCCACCUACCGCCGCCUCUGGCGGAGGUACUGCAGCGGCGACCCUCCGCCGUCUCUCAGAAACUUGGAGGAGAAGCUCCUCGAGCAGCAGAACCCCGCCGCCGCCGCCGCCGCCUCAGAGGAUCCCCCCGCCGGAAUACCCACAAAGCCUGUCGAGAACGGCUGCGGCUCCCCUCCAUGCGCCGCCGCCGCCGGCUUCCCCGAGCUCAGAGAAAAUGGAGGCGUCCUUCCGAACGGCGCAUGA